AUACCAUCAAUAUAUUACAAUUUAAAUAUCUGUAUCCUGUCUCAAUAGAUAACUGAUUAUGGAAUUACAAUGUAUUAAAAUUUUGGGACCUAGUCUGGAUUUCCAUCCUGUAUAUUUCGACUUGUACUAAAAGCUAAAAAUCCUAACUAUUUUAUUUAUUUUUUUUAACAUAAAUUAGAAUUAAUCUGACACACUAAUCUGUCUGAUUGUAAUACCUAAAAUAUUCUCUCGACUGCGUAGGAGGAAAUCAUGAAUUUAAAAAGGGAAGAAAAAAAAUCAAACUGCUGUAAGGUUAACCUACUUCGGAGGAGCCGGGUUGCAAAGUUGUCUCGGGUUUCCGGAGGCAGAGAGAGCGAGAGAGCGAGAGCCGAUUGGAGGCUGGGUCACGGUUAUGUUCUGCAUGUCCGUUUUGUGCGACGAGAUCACUGCCUCAGCCUCUCCCUUGGAGUCCUCAGCGGCCGACAAACACUCCAGGAUGUGUAGGACAGUCUUCGCGGGGAAGUCAUUCCUCUGAGAGAGUUUUUCAUAUUCUUACUGAGCACUUGGCCAUCCUGCUCCCCAAAAGAACGACGGCGAACGAUGGCGAUGAUGCUGGAUGAAUUCACGCGCACUGUUGAUGUGGGGUCUUUGCCUCGGGUGCUGCACAUUCAGUCUGGGGUUUAUGUGGAAGGGUCUGUGUACGAGAUGUUCGGCAGAGAAUGCUGCCUUCCCACCGGGGAGAUUAUGAAGAUCAUUGGGAUAAGCACCUGCACGCUAACAGCAGAAAUCGAACCAGCGGAUUGUGAGGCCCAAAUCGUCAACCUACCUUUGUACUUCCCUGGUCUCUUCAGGAUAGUGGCAGACGAAGCGCCGUACCUCAGCAUCAGAGAGAUCGCCGGAUCCGUGCGCAUUGGUCCCGAGCCGUUAGGCCAUCCUGUGUUCCGCUGCUCCCACGACCUUCCGCAGGCCGAUGCGCCGCUGCGAGGGGGCGAGUGCUUCACCUUGGUGUCUCUUGAGACGGACGGCAGUGAGGGCUACGUGGAGUGCAAGGUCACGGGGAGAGAUGCGAAGCAGCACUUCAUGCUGAAGCUCUCUCAGCAGGGGGAAUUCUACGAGUGUGAGGACGACCAGUUCUACACGCUUAAGGAGCUCGCCGAGUGGAAGAUGGCAAAGGGCAGGAAGAGGAGGGUGAAGCUCGCCCAGGCCUUGCUCAAGAAGGAUUUGUGCUUUUAUGACCUGCCUGAGAACUACAGUGGAGAACUAAUCCUUUCACCCGUUUACGAGCUGCAGGCAGUGAUGAAGUAUCGAAAGGAUGUCGUUCGCAUUCCAUCCACUUUGGACGUGGAGGUCAUAGACAUAACAGACCAGUUUGACAGUGACUGCUUCCCUCAGCUGCUUUCGCUGAGUGAUAUCUUCAAGAAGCCCAGUGAGGAGUUUCCUGUCUUGGCUGAGGUUAUAGAGCCGCCACUGCACAUUCAGGAGGAGUUCCAGUUCCUUGGUCACUGCAAGCAAAUUGUUAUCCACUCUGCAUGUUCAGCUAAACGAAUCCUAGCGUCUGAAAUCCGUAGCGACUCCCAGAGACGCUUCCUCAUCCCACUUUCCUACAAGGGGAGAUUGAAGCGAAGGCCACGAGAGUUUCCUACGGCGUAUGAUUUGGAGGUGGCCAAGAGAGACAAGGAACAGCUGCACGUGGUGGCAACACGAGCCUUUGAGUCUCAGUAUGAGGGGCUUUCCACUGUGUUUGUGGGGGACCAGUAUCUGGUACAGGGAAAGGAAACUAGCGAGGUUAUCUAUGGAGGAAAGCGCAAGACGGUGGAGGCCUUGGCCUGCGAGAAGAUAGAGGGCAAAAACUAUCAGUCUGUGCUGAUUCCACUAUAUCUGGACGGCGCCUUUGUGGAAGUUAUCCAUGACAAAAAGCAAUAUAGUAUCUCCGAAGUCUGCCAGAGAUUCCACCUUCCGUUCAAUGUCAAAGUGUCUGUGCGAGACCUUUCUGUGCCAGAGGACACCCUGGCAGCUGUUCCGGGGCUGUGUCUGGAGGAGGAGAUCACAGACCCAUAUCUACUUGUCUCCAGCCCGGAUUUGUCAAAGUGCUGGGAGGUGCCUGUCAACCGAACCUUCAUGACCGUGCAGGUCCUCCCCAGAAAGCAGGCUGCCAGGCCGCAGCCUUACACAUGCGCGGCUGUGGAGGAGAUCAGCGAGGACUGCUACUAUACCCUCCGCAGGUAUGCCUCAGCCACGCUGCGCCCCCCACCCCGGCCGCCCAAGAAGCCGAAGCAGCCCCCGCCGGAAUCGGUCAAGCUGCCGCUGCCAAAGGAACAGCGAUCUAAUCCCACAGGCUCGCCAAAGUGUCCAAACCGUGCACUAAAACCUGUCAUUCCUGAGAUAUCUGAUCAAGUUCAUGAACAACGUCUUUCGCCAAAAAGUGAGAAGUUAACAGCAGUUCAAGGCGCUGUUCCACAUGUGGAUCACCAUGAAGCCAUGCAUGAAAACCGCGAUUGUGAGAAGACUAGGGUUGACGACGAAAAUGACGAUAUUCACGAUUAUGAGUACAUAGAUGAAAACACAAUUGAAAGCAUCAGAACCAAAUUCCAAAAUCAAAAUAUUAACAACACUGUUCAAACAAAAGCCAGUAACAGUUUUCAGCCAUGGGAAGAUCCCUGUCUCUCUACCCUUUGACAGGUACAGUAAUUUUAAGCAUCGCUAAAUAACCAGCUGGAUAGAUGGGCGAAAAUAUACAGAAUAAUUUAAAAAGUGAGGGGAGACGGAAUCCUUUCUGAAUGAGAAGACCAGCAGGAUGUCAGCAUUUUCUCAUUGCAUUAUUUCUCAUGCUAUGGACACACAAAGCGGGAGCCGCUGUGAUCGGGGCUACGUAUUCGUCAGUGACAAUGCCUUUCUGAAACACGCUGUGGCAUAUGCAAGUAGCAAAUGUGGAUGUUGGAAGAAAUUAAUGGAUGUCAGGGAAAUAUUCUUUCCAACCAGAAUUCAAGCACAUGUCGGUAUUGCUCUUUUUACUUUCGUUUCGUGAGAAUCUGUCCUGAGAUAUUUUUUAUUCUUGCCGCUAAGUUGUAAAUGUGGCUUUGAAUGUGUGAAUUUGAAAGGACCAGGCCUUUUCCUAUAAAUAUAUCACCCUAUGAAUAUGGGUUGUGUGAAAACUUACUAACUGCAACAAGGACUUGGGGUUUGACCGGGAUUAAUUAUUGGCCACCAGUCUUUGGGGCGCCUCACAUCUGGGGACACAGACCCAUGGACUCACAGACCCACGGGCUCACAGAUCUAUGGGCUCACAGACCUAUGGACUCACAGAACGUGGACUCAUGGACACACAGACCCAUGGACUCUGACACACGGACUCACAGAACAUGGACCCAUGGACUCACAGACCCAUGGACUCACCGGGAAGAUGCCAGAUGGCCAGUCCAGGGCUGAAUGCAUUUAUGCUCUUCAGGGUGAUCAUCCAUAGCGAUGACGGAGCAAGCCAUAUCCAUACAAUAUGGAGAGAGAGAGAGAGGUUAUUUAACCUUAUAUACCAUGGUAAUCAAUUUCUAGUUUGAUUUUGCGGAGCUUCGUUAUACCCAAAUAUAAUAUAAGGUUAUGAUGGUUGUAUGUCCUGUGUUUUUACACGAAUUAUUUAAGCACUUAAUUAAAAUACCAUUUGACAUACUUAAGUAUUGUUAACCCAGACAGAACACAUUGAUUUGUGAUGUUUCACUGUCAAAUUGUCUUAUUUCCAAAAGCAAAGUAUCAAGUAUCUAACCUUAAUCCUGAUUCAAUUCUCACGCGGUGUUCUCUCUAUGAAAUUCUAAUGCACUCUUAAUUAAAUGAUAAAACAUUAAAGAAUUGACAGGUA